AUGAGUGGAGUUACACCUGUCACCGGGCAGCUGUCUGCCUCCUCGCGAGUGGUCGUUCUGAGAUACGAGGAUCUGGCCAACCCUGAUGUCGACAUCAGCGCGCAGCUGGAGGAGGCCUACGGCCCCUCAGGCCUGGGCAUCGCCACUGUGAGUGGUGUGCCAGGCUACGAGCAACUGCGUCAGGGGCUGCUGCCGCUGGCCGCCAAGCUGGCGGCGCUGCCCCAGGCAACGCUGUCGGCGCUGGAGGACCCGGGUUCGCGGUUCAGCUUUGGGUGGAGCUGCGGACGGGAGACGCUGGAGGGCGGUCAGCCCGACACGCGCAAGGGCUCAUUCUAUGCCAACCCGCUGCAUGACGAUCCGUCGUGUGGCGACGCCGACCUGCAGCGCCGGUUCCCCUCGUACUGCCGCCCAAACAUGUGGCCGCGGAGCGAGCUGCCAGUGCUGGAAGCGGCGUUCAAGGCGCUGGGACGCCUGAUCCUCAAUGUCGGGUUGCUGCUGGCGGGGCACGCGGACAAGUACGUUGCUUCCAAGGCAGGCUACCCACCCCGCCUUCACGACAUUCUGCGACAGUCACCCUGCCCUAAGGGCCGCUUGCUGCACUACUUUGCCCCGGUUGCCACGGCUGGAACCAACCCUGUGCGCAGCUGCAGCAUAGAUGCCAACUGGUGCGGCUGGCACACCGACCACGGCAGCCUGACGGGGCUGUGCAGCGCAUUGUACAUCGACAUGGAGGGGCGACCGGUAGCCUGCCCCGACCCGCAGUCGGGGCUGCACGUCAAGGACCGCUCAGGGCAUGUCAUCCAGGUUGCAAUCCCAGAGGAUCACGUGGGAUUCCAAAUCGGAGAAGCAAUGCAGGUGCACUCCGGCGGGCUACUGCGCGGCACCCCACACUGCGUUGUCGCACCGCGGCCAGAGUUCAGCGCAGGCGUCAGUCGAAACACCUUUGCGGUGUUCACACAGCCCAAGUGGGAUUAUUCUAUGGAUGCGCCAGCAGGCGCUAGGCCCGAGGAUGUGGGCAUUGGGCAGUGGCGGCCAGGCCUGGAUUUCGGCGGAUUCAGCGAGCUGACGUUCAAUGCGUAUUACAAGGAGUGA